UCCUCCACCUCCUCCUUAUCAUCACCACACGGAGACCAGACCAGUCCAGCAGCACCAAGCAGGUCGGAGUGAAACACGGGACCCUCUCUACCACCAGAACAUCACCAGAACCAGUAGCACCAGCAGCACCAUGGCUCUCACCGCCGACCCGUCCUACCAGAAGCUGGAUCAGUGGUACCGAGCUAACGCCGGCAGCCUCCGCAUGAGGGACAUGUUCGAGUCCGACCAGGACCGCUUCAACACCUUCAGCACGACUCUGCAGACGGACGAAGGAGAAAUCCUGCUGGACUACUCCAAGAAUCUGAUCAACCAGGAAGUGAUGGACAUGCUGCUCGCCAUGGCCAAGUCCAGGGGAGUGGAGGAGGCCCGAGAGAAGAUGUUCUCUGGAGAGAAAAUCAACUUCACCGAGGGUCGUGCUGUGCUCCACGUCGCUCUGCGUAAUCGCUCCAACACGCCCAUCCAAGUGGACGGUAAAGACGUGAUGCCGGAGGUGAACCGCGUGCUGGAGAAGAUGAAGACCUUCUGUCAAAGAGUGCGUAGCGGCGAGUGGAAAGGCUUCAAUGGGAAGAGCAUCACAGACGUAGUGAACAUCGGCAUCGGAGGCUCUGACCUGGGCCCUCUGAUGGUGACGGAGGCUCUGAAGUCGUACUCGGCCGGUGGACCAAACGUUUGGUUCGUCUCCAACAUCGACGGGACACACAUGGCGAAGACCCUCGCUCAGCUCAACGCAGAGACCACGCUCUUCGUCAUCGCCUCCAAGACGUUCACCACUCAGGAGACCAUCACCAACGCAGAGUCUGCCAGGGAUUGGUUCCUCCAGACAGCCAAAGACAAAUCUGCUGUUGCCAAACACUUUGUAGCUCUGUCCACCAACGGAGUCAAAGUGAAGGAUUUUGGCAUCGACACAGCGAACAUGUUUGAGUUCUGGGAUUGGGUCGGAGGUCGUUACUCUCUGUGGUCAGCCAUCGGUCUGUCAAUCGCCCUGCACAUAGGCUUUGACAAGUUUGAGCAGCUUCUUGCAGGAGCUCACUGGAUGGACAACCAUUUCCGCAGCACCCCUCUGGAGCAGAACGUCCCCGUCCUGCUGGCUGUUCUGGGCGUCUGGUACAUCAACUUCUUCCAGGCCGAGACUCACGCCAUGCUGCCCUACGACCAGUACAUGCACCGCUUCGCUGCAUACUUCCAACAGGGCGACAUGGAGUCUAACGGGAAGUCCAUCACCAAAGAUGGCGUCCGUGUCAACUACAACACCGGACCAAUCGUGUGGGGCGAGCCCGGGACCAAUGGACAGCACGCCUUCUACCAGCUUAUCCACCAAGGAACUCGUAUGAUUCCUGCUGACUUCCUCAUUCCUGCUCAGUCUCAGCAUCCAAUCAGAGACAACCUCCACCACAAGAUCCUGGUGGCGAACUUCCUGGCUCAGACAGAAGCUCUGAUGAAGGGAAAGACUUCUGAGGAGGCUCGUAAAGAGCUGGAGGCCGGAGGCCUGAAGGGAGAUGCUCUGCAGAAGCUGCUGCCUCACAAGGUUUUUGAGGGAAACAAGCCGAGCAACUCCAUUGUUUUCAAGAAGCUGAGCCCGUUCAUACUGGGAGCUCUGGUUGCCAUGUACGAGCAUAAGAUCUUUGUGCAGGGCGUCAUGUGGGACAUCAACAGCUACGAUCAGUGGGGCGUUGAACUCGGGAAGCAGCUGGCGAAGAAGAUCGAGCCGGAGCUGAAGGACGACUCCGAGGUCACCUCCCACGACUCGUCCACCAACGGCCUCAUCAGCUUCCUGAAGAAGAACUUCGCCUGAAUCCUCCUGUAUCGGACCACUUCCUGUAUCAGACCUCCUCCUGCUGUGUCAGACCUCCUCCUCCUCCCACCGUGUAGUCCUCUCUCAUUGGCUGGAAUCCUGUUCACUGUAUGUCUGUAGACGUGUUUCAAAGGGCAUUUAUCAGUUGCUUUGGUCUGGAGGACAAAGAGAGAUGUGCAGAUAUUACUGUAGGUGACGACAUGUCCCACUUUAACAUAGCCAGCACUCACUUUCAAAAUAAAAGUCCUGUUUGUCACUGAA